AUGUCAGAAUUCAAAGUCAAAGCGGGCUUGGCCCAAAUGCUAAAGGGCGGUGUGAUCAUGGAUGUGGUCACUGCUGAACAGGCUGUCGUUGCGGAAAGAGCCGGUGCCUGUGCUGUGAUGGCUUUGGAAAGAAUUCCAGCCGACAUGCGCAAAUCUGGCCAGGUGUGUCGUAUGUCAGAUCCCAAAAUGAUCCGUGAGAUCAUGGCUGCUGUUUCGAUCCCGGUGAUGGCUAAAGUAAGAAUUGGCCACAAAGUCGAGGCCCAGAUCUUGGAAGCGCUCGAAGUGGACUACAUCGACGAAAGUGAGGUGUUGACUCCUGCAGACAAGGUCAACCACAUUGCCAAAAACGAUUUCAAAGUGCCAUUUGUAUGCGGAGCCAAGGACCUAGGUGAAGCCCUAAGGCGUGUUAGUGAAGGUGCUGCCAUGAUCAGAACCAAGGGUGAAGCCGGGACCGGUGACGUCUCUGAAGCUGUCAAGCAUAUUACUCAAAUUCGUGGCGAGAUCGCCGAUGUCAUCGAAACCGUCAAGACCGAUGAGGAAUUCGAAGCCAAGGCAAAGGAGCUGCGUGUUCCUGUCGCUUUGCUAAAGGAAGUCGUUCAAUUGGGCAAGCUGCCAGUGGUCAACUUCGCCGCUGGCGGUGUCGCAACCCCAGCUGAUGCAGCUCUACUAAUGCAGUUGGGUUGCGACGGUGUGUUUGUUGGCUCUGGUAUUUUCAAAUCGUCCAGCCCAGAAAAGCUUGCCAAAGCCAUUGUCCAGGCCACCACUCAUUACGAAGACCCCAAGAAGCUUUUGGAGUUUUCCACCGAUUUGGGUGACUUGAUGCCAGGAACCAGCAUCGAUAGCAUUAACAGAACCAACGGUACCCGUCUUUCUGAGAGAGGAUGGUAA